UCACGAGGAACAUGCCUGUCCAAUACAGCAAGAUCGUUGCAUCAUAGGCCUCCCGCUACCCUGCGUACACACGCUAAGUGGGCCGAGCAUAGAGUGGUAUUGUUAGCCUCGUAUGUCGGACUAGAGCGGGUAGACUAGCAGGUCACGAUACUACACAUCCAUCCUCUGAGCCACUUUGGGCAUCCACUUUAUCAAAUACAGCGUCACAGACCACGUGCUGUGGGUAUAUAAGUGGACGAAAGGGCCCGUCGAAUGCAUAUCAUCACAGCACAUCACUCUACAUUCAACAACGGCCACGAAUCCGCCCGCCUCCAAACCUAUCAAUAAACGAUCCCUAGAAACACCACCCCAUCAACAGCAUGCAGCUCAUCGUCACCACCGUCCUCGCCCUCCUCGGCGCCGCUUCUGCCGCCCCAGCGCGCAACAUCCAAGCCCGCGACGGCAUCACCAUCACCUUUUACCCGGAGGCCAACUUCGGCGGUGAACCCACCGUCGUGUCCGACGUCGUCAGCAACCAAUGCCAGCAAGUGCCUGAGGGUGUCACCGUCGGUAGUGUGAAGGUGGCUUCUGGCGGGCUCUGCCGUUUGACCUACUCCGCACCGACAUGCACUCUGCACGGCGAUGUGUUCGUGUUCCCGGAUACGCCUGCGGAGGAUUUGACGGGCGAGACUGUGACGAGCUUUCUGUGCCAAACGUGCACUGAGUGCUAAGUAUGAGGAGAUGAGUAGGGGAUGCAAUGAAAGCGCUUUAGCGAUGCAUUUGCUGGAGUCGACUAUUUGUGGUGCGCGCAGCGGUGGUAUUAAUGACGCUCCUUUUACGACACACAACACUCCUUAAGAUAGUAAUAAUAAUCUAGAAAUUUUGCAAGUACACGG